UGCAGAAAAAGUAGUACAUAAAUCAUGGGUAGUCCUAUAUAAUUUGCAUUAUAUUUUUGGAAUCCUGCUCUUGGUCUUUCUUUUUAUGUCUUUUUAUCUUAUAGGAGAUAGUAAUAAUGCUGGUAAAAUCCUAGCAAAUAAGCCUAUAAGAAAAAACUCAUCUCCAAAACCAAAAUGCAAUUUGUUUUCUGGAAGUUGGGUUUUUGAUAAUGUCUCAUAUCCUCUAUACAAAGAACAACAAUGUUCUUUUAUGACUGAUGAUUUUGCUUGUCAUAAGUUUGGAAGAAAAAACUCAAAAUUUCAACAUUGGAGAUGGCAACCUCAUGAUUGUGAUCUUCCAAGGUUUAAUGCCAAAGCAUUGUUGGAGAAGCUAAAAGGGAAGAGGGUGUUGUUUGUUGGAGAUUCAUUGAAUAAGAACCAAUGGGUUUCUAUGGUAUGCUUAAUUGAAUCCUCUGGAAUUCCAUCUCUUAAACCACCUAUUUGGAAAGGCAACUUGAUCACCUUUGAGGUCAAGGAAUACAAUGCAACAAUUGAUUUCUACUGGUCACCAUUGCUAGUGGAAUCAAAUUGUGAUGAUCCAGUGAAGCACCGUGUCCGGGAUAGAAUUAUCAGAAUUGAGGCAAUUGAAAAGCAUGCUAGGAAUUGGAUUGAUGCAGAUAUUCUCAUCUUUGAUUCCUUCACCUGGUGGCUUGAAUCCCAAAUGACACUUCUGUGGGGAUCUUUUGAAAGCUCUGAUGCAAUCUAUAAAAAGGUUGGGAUGAAGUUGCGCCGGUAUGAGAUGGCAUUAAGAACAUGGUCAGAUUGGUUGGAAUUUCAAAUUGACAGAAAAAGGACAAGAUUGUUUUUCAUGAGCCUCUCUCCUCCUCACAGAAAUGCCACAGAUUGGGGCAUGGGAAAUGGUCAAAACUGCUAUAAUGAAACAGAACCAAUAUCAAGAAAACAGUAUUGGGGAAGUGAAAAUGAUGUAAAGAUGAUGGAAAUAGCUGAGGAAGCUGUAAAUGGGCUGCAAAAAAGGGGUUUAGAUAUACAAUAUCUUAACAUAACACAUUUAUCAGAUUAUAGAAAAGAUGCACAUCCAUCAAUUUACAAAAGGAAUUGGGUUGCUCUAACUAAAGAAGAAUUGUUAAAUCCAAGAAGUUAUGCAGAUUGCGUACAUUGGUGUCUUCCUGGUGUGCCUGAUGUUUGGAAUCAGAUUCUUUUUGCCUAUAUCAUGAACUCCUCAAGAGAAAAUAGAGUGAAAUUGUAAUGAUCUAUUUUUUGUGCAUAGAAUCUUGAAAUGUAUGAAGUAGUUCAGCCAGAUUUACAAUUAUUGUAUAUAUUA